GUCGAUGCCAUUAAUGUAUCCACAGACCCUGACGAGACCGGUCUUUUGUGCUGAUCUCAACCAACAAAGGUUUUUACCACUUCUUUAAAUUCCUUCCUCUUUUUGUUUUUUCUUUUCUGGACAAGCAUUUGAGUCUCGUUUUCUCUUCAGAAAGUGGAAAAUGGUGUUAGUUAUUAGCGUAAAAUGGACAAAGGAGAAUGCGUUUUUCAAUAAGUUCCAAAAGGGAAGGGAAGAUCGAUGAAGAGUAGUGUUUCCGAAUGAUCGAGGCCGGUUUUGAUAUAUGGCUGAGUUUUCCAGUACGUCUUGUCAUGAGUCAUGAUUCAUGGCUAGCUAGCUGUGGUGACUUUGUGAGUCCCGGCCGCAAUUUACGCAGCCAGCUUUCUGAAGUAUUGGAGUUGCAGGAAGUAUGGCAAACAGGCAUGAGAGUUCAGAGGAGACGAUAUACGUUGCCGUUGGAAAAGACGCGAAAGAGUGCAAAUCAAUCCUGUUAUGGGCGUUGGAGAACUCCGGAGGAAAGAGGAUUUGCAUACUUCACGUUCAUCAGCCGGCGCAGUACAUUCCAUUUAUGGGUGGAAAAGCUCCAGCUAGCUCACUGAAGGAAAGUAUUGUAAGGGAAUACCAUGAAACUGAGAGGCAAAAAAUGCAUGAGAUCAUGGAUGAAUAUCUUCUCAUCUGUCGCCAAAAGGGGGCACCGGCUCAUAAGCUGAUAGCAGAAACGGGCUGUGUUGAGAAGGAAAUUGUACAACUCGUCUCUCGGAAUGGGAUCAGGAAGCUUGUCAUGGGAGCAGCAGCAGAGAAGCACUAUGGAAGAAAAAUGAUGGAUCUCAAGUCUAAUAAAGCUAAAUAUGUGCGCCAACAUGCACCAGUCUCCUGUCACAUACAAUUUAUCUGCAAGGGCCACCUCAUCUUCACCAGGGAAAUCACUGAAACUGGACAAUCGAACUACUUGAGAUCAUCACGAUCCGUUGCACAACUGGGGUUCAAUAGGGACACAGAUAUUCCAAUACCAGAAGUCACUGAAGAGCUUUCAUCUCCAAAGAGCUCCUUCUUUACUCCAGAAGAGAGUUUUGAUCAAUGGGAUUUACCGAGGAGUUUCAAGCUGAGAGUGGUUGAUGAAACUCUGACUCCAUGGAAUGAGGGAAAUGAGAAUGGGUUAGAGUUUAGCACACUCUCUUCCGCUUCGGCUUCGGCUUCUGGUUAUUCAAGAAGCUCUUCCAGCAUGGACGUCGCAUCUUCUUUGCUGCCACCAAUUAUUCCGUCUUUGAUUUCUAGUCCAACUCUCAUGUCAACAUGCUCUUCUUCUUCUUCUAGUGGAGCUCACAGUGUUGUUGUGGAAGAAGUCAGUCUAGAUAAUACUCUGUACGAGCAACUUAGACAAGCGAUGGCAGAGGCUGACAAAGAGGCACUCAAGCGUCGAAAAGCAGAAAGAGACAUGAUUGCGGCUAUACGUUGGAAGGAGAAAGAAGAAUUUGAAAAGGUGAAGAAUCAGAGAGAUCAACUCAUGGAAGAACUCCGAAUUUCUCAAGAACGAGAAACAUCACUAAAAUGCCGAAUUGCAGAGUUACAUAUAGAGCGUGAUGAUGCGCUGAAAGAAGCUCAAUGGCUAAGAAGAAAACAAGGUGAGGCCUCAGGUAGACACAGAUUGUCUGAUGAUCAGUUCUUUGAGUUCUCGCUCAUUGAGAUUGAAGAAGCUACUCUAUGGUUUGAUGAAUCCCUUAAAAUUGGAGAAGGAGGAUAUGGGAACAUUUAUAAAGGCCUCCUUCGUCAAACUAAGGUUGCUAUAAAGAUGCUAAAAUCUCAUGACUCACAAGGCACCUCACAAUUCCAAAUGGAGGUUGAUGUAUUGAGUCAGCUAAGGCAUCCCAAUCUUGUGAAACUCAUAGGAUCUUGCCCUGAAGUUUUCGCGCUCAUCUACGAGUAUCUUCCCAAUGGAAGCCUUGAAGAUAGACUGAGCAUGAGGGACAACACUCCUCCAUUAUCAUGGCAAACUCGAAUAGGCAUCGCCAUAGAGUUGUGCUCUGUUCUUGUGUAUCUUCACUCCAUUAAACCUCACAGUAUAGUGCAUGGUGAUUUGAAACCCUCAAACAUCCUCCUUGAUGCCAACUUUGUUUGUAAACUAAGUGACUUUGGAAUCUGUCGUAUGUUAUUGCCUGAUGCAAGUUCAAGCAACAACACAACGACGACACUGUUUCAUAUAACUGUCCCGAAGGGCAGUUUCGCUUUCAUAGAUCCUGAGUUUCUUGAAACAGGAGUGCUUACUUUGAAGUCUGACGUUUACUCGUUUGGAAUCAUAUUACUACAAUUGUUGACUGGGAGACAACCUUUCUGGAUAUCAAAUGAAGUGAAAAAUGCCCUGGAUGCUAGAAAUUUGAAAACUCUCUUGGAUCCUUCGGCUGGAGAUUGGCCGAUUGCGCUUGCUCAAAACUUGGCUAAGUUGGCAUUAAGGUGUUGUGACAGGAACCGAGAGAAUCGGCCAGACCUUGGGUCAGAUGUAUGGAAGGUACUUGAACCAAUGAGGGCUUCGCGUGGAUCCCCCAUCUUCAUCCCAGCUGGGUCCUGAACAUCUAUGUUGCCUGAAAGCUUAGAAAUGUCUGUGAUAUUAAUAUUUGGAUUCAUCCUUGCUGAUCUUCAGGAGAUCGAUGUUUAUUGUAUUUAUAAAAAGAAUCAAAUGUUAGACAAA